UUGAACUGCAAGUACUCACCCCAACUGAGAGCUCAGAGAGCAGGCAAGAGAUCAGAGGGGAGGGAGUCAGACGGCAAAUGGGAGCAACGGGUCUGAGGAGCCGAGUAAAACUGGAGUUAGACUGAGUAAGAGGGCAGAAUCGAGUGUGAGGCUGUUCAUUGCCUGGGGGCUCUGCAUUCUAUGUAAAAUGCGGUGCGAUACUCUGUCAGGCAGCAUGCUGUCGGUGCUCUGUGCGCUCUGGGUGGCCGGUGCUUUAGGCCAGCGCCUGCGAGAGCAGGACGUCCUCUGCAAUGAGCAGGGCUGCUAUGUGCUUUACUUUCAGCCCAAGACUUUCUUGGAAUCAUGGAGGAGCUGCAAGCAGAAGAAUGGAAAUCUGGCUACGCUGAUCCACCCGGAGGAGGCGGCAGAGGUGCGGAAGCUCUUUUCAGGUGUGCAGCCGCGCGAGCGCCAUGCCCGCAUGCAAGUGUGGAUCGGUCUGCAGAGGCAGCCGCGCCAGUGCUCCGUCACCCACCCGCUCCGAGGAUUCACUUGGACCACCGGCGACCAGGACACCAAAUACACCAACUGGCUGCAGGGGGACACGCCUGAAAAGUGCUCCUCACCACGCUGCGUACACAUGAGCUACAGCACUGCCCCUAACGAGAGCUACAGGAACUUCAAAUGGGAAGACAGCACAUGCUCAGAACCUGUGGAUGCAUUCCUGUGCCACUAUGCCUACAAGGGAAUGUGCCCACUCAUCCAGGCUGAGGGCGGGGGUCCUGUACGGUACUCCACCCCCUUUGAAUUUCUCAGCACCCAGAUAACUCACGUGCCUUUAGGCUCUCUGGCCACCAUCCCCUGUCCGGGCAGCACUGUGCCAGACCAGACAGCUUUUUGUAUCCUGGGGAAUUAUGAGAAAGUGGUCUGGUCCAAAAACAGCUCUUUUUGUUCCGAGGAACUACCAGACUUAUGCCAACCAGAUAAUGGAGGAUGCCAACAUACCUGUAAGAAUACAGGCACCCACUAUUACUGUGAGUGUGACAGUGGCUACAUUUUAGAAGAUGAUGGGCUCACAUGCUCUCCAGGUAAUGAUUGCCAGGACGUGCAGUGUGAUUUUAAAUGUGUGCCCAGCUCUGAAGGGUACCUAUGCACGUGUAUGGAGGGAUACCUGCUGGCGUCGGACAACCACAGCUGUGUGGAUGAAGAUGAAUGCCUGCAGAGUCCCUGUCCCCAGCUCUGCGUUAACACUCCAGGCUCCUUCCAGUGUCAUUGCCUUGAAGGCUAUCAGUUCGAUGAGAACGGUGAUUGUGUAGACGUGGACGAGUGCCUGGAUAACCUCUGUGAGUACGCCUGUCAGAAUACCGCCGGCUCCUAUAUCUGCCACUGUGAGCCUGGCUACUCCCCUGUGCCUGAGGAUCUCAGCCGCUGCCAGGACACCGACGAAUGCCAGUUACCGGGCACCUGCCAGCAGAUGUGUAUUAAUUAUGAUGGUGGCUUCGAGUGCCAUUGUGAGGAAGGGCAAGCUUUGCAACUGGACAACUACUCCUGUAAGCCCAUCUCAGAGCCUGAGGAGCUCUCCAGCACCACGCCCUCUUAUCUGCCAUGGGACACCAGUCUGUCACAGUUUCCAGACUUCAUUUGGCCACAGUGGCCAGAGAAAGACUGGCAGAUCGAGCCUCCGGCUUUGGCCUGGUCGACAGAUCAACCCAAGCUGCUGGCUCCCAACCUGAAGGAGCUGACUGAGAUCCCACAAGAUGAAACAACCAGCAGGCCAAAUGAUGACACCCCAAGCUGGGAUGAAUCUGAUAGUGGAGAUCGGACGCCAUACCCUCUAACAUCUUCUCCAGCUGGCCCAUUCUUCCCUUACUGGUUUCAGCCUGAAAUCACAGACAACCCUUUGACCUCUGUCUCUGACUUUAUAACUUCUGCUAGCUCAGAGGAAAGCGAUGUACCACGAGGAACCAAAUUACACAGCGGAGACAAUGACAGGCCUGAGAUAGCAAACUCAGACUGGCAGACAGCUAUGCCACCAGCCUCCACUCUUAGUCUUACUUUCCCUACCACACAUUCUGAAGAGUUUACAGAAAAGAAUAACACACAACAUAAAGACAACACCUGGUUGCUUGUGGCAUUGCUAGUGCCCCUCCUCAUCAUUGUGCUGGCAUUGGUGGUACUGGGCAUUGUGUACGGCACCCGAUGCGGCAUCAGGCCACGCAAUAAAACCACAUCUGACUGUUACUAUUGGAUCAGUGGCUCUGGAGACAAAGUGGACCCUCCUAAGUCCCAGAUCUAGGUUGGGGGUCCUGGAAGGAGUCAGUGAUAAUAGAAGAGUAAAGGCAUUUUUAAGGGGGUAAGUAUAUUUUCUUUUAAAAAGGGCCAGGGGUUCAUGUGGAGAGCACAGUACUGCGGCCUCAGGUCCUGCUAGGGAAUUCCCCUUGGAGGAAAGGGGGACUUUCUCUCCAAACCAGUGACAAUUUACCUUCCUGAAAGGACUUGAGAACAUGUUUGUAACGCUCCAGGCCGAAUUUCAUCGCUAUACUUAAAUUCUUUAAUUCUUACGUGCAAACGGACCUUGCUAAAAUUCCAAGGUAAGCCAUGGGUUCAAAGAGUAAGAAGAAGAUCUGAUGGAUAGUGUGUGGAAAUCUUUGAGGCUGACUUGUGAAAUUACAAACCUUAAUAUAGUCUGUGCUAAGUAAGCCUCCCUUACAUGUUCUCUGCUAGCUGUAAAAGGUGUUAAUGAUUACAUAUUAGUUACAAUGAUAAUCACAAGUGCAUAGGACUUGAUGAAUCUGGAUGAGUUUCUUAGACGUGUAUUUUUUGCAGCAUGCCUUGUAAUGCCUUCAUGCAAUUGUCUACAAUGCUGUGGUUUUACUACUGAUUUGUGGAUGCUAAGCCUGGUCUUUUAGGAAUAGUCAUCUCCUUAUAUGAAACAAGAAAAUAAAAAAUAGUGGCCCACAUUGCUCAUCAGACUCUGAGAAGCUACAAGAUCCAUGCCAACACAUCACACCAACCUCAUCACUUUUGGUGGAUUAGAAGAAUUUUCAGCACUUGAAUCUGCAGGUCGUCAGGGACUCUGGGAAAACUCUAAAAAUUCCCUGCAUUCCACCAGUCUCGGAAUGAUUCCUGAAGGCUCCAGGAGGACACUUCCCCUACAUCUGCUGUUGCCAUGGCCUGCAGCGCCCCCUGGGGACUUUCAGAGGCGUAGAUGUAAUCCCAGUUAAUUCUUGGUUUGGAAGCGUCUCAGAGGGUUGGAAUUGAAAUAUUCACUAGGACUUAAGUCUGUGUUCUUUUCACUGUGAAAUCAUGUUAAGUUCCCAACUACUGUCUACCCAGGCAAAUGGAUAUAAAUAAUGUGUUACAUAUUUGAGACAAAUAACAUGUUUCUAUUCACCUUAAAGUCAGCACAGUCUUAAGCGAUAAAUAUUUUUAAAACUUAUGAUCAGUUCGUCUAGAAAUCGUAAGACUACAAAGAACUAGACAGAGAAGCAAAAUGCAAUAUGAUAGAAAUGCAAAAUAUCGUACAGUGGAUUUUUAGUGUAUUUAUGCUAUUUUUUUUCUCCCAUUCAAUCUCAGAAGGAGGCAUCUGGAUAAAAAUGAAAUAAAACAACAAUUUUUCUAUUAGACAUGAGGACAUGAGAGUCAACUAUAGGAGCACCGUCACAAAACAAAGCUUAUUUUAUCUUGUAAUUUGUUUCCACAACCAACAAUAAAUGGCAGUAAACCUUCUGAAAAGUAUGCAUGUAUAUAUUACAGAGAAUUAAUGGGAGAUUUGCUUGUUUUUAGAAUUUAAUACAUGAUGCAGUAUCAUCCUAUGUAGGAGGGUGGCAUUCUGGCUCAAUGAUCGUCUCUGAUGCCUCACGCCUACAGGGCUGAGGGACACGAUGGAGUUUUCCAGGUUGUGGGUACUGUGGGAUCAUCUCACAAUCCAGAGACAUGAAGACGAAUUAGUUGGCAUCAUUGUAUUGCCCAUAGUGUGUGUGUGUGUGUGUGUGUGUAUAAAUGCCCUGUGAUGUAUCCCACUCAGGGUGUACCCCAGCCUUGUGCCCUAUGGUGCCUUUCACAAGGACCCUAUCCUCAUAAGGCUGAUCCAUAAAAAGAGAUCUAUUUUAGCUUUGAUAUAGCCUCAGUGAAUAUUCCACUAAAUUUCACACUACAUAAAAGCAUGUACUUAAAAUGCCAAUGGCAAUUUGGUAGGCUUGAUGUUUUGUUAAUGAUAAAUCUGUUUCAUAAAUCAUAAAUAAGCACAAAGCUCACUGUUAAUGCAAAAUGGAUGAAGGGAAGAUAUAUAAAAAUAGCACUAAUUCUCACUUGCAGAUGCAAGUAUUUUAAUGUUAGAGGAUGGAUGUCAAUGUGUUCUUAUUUUAAAAAUAACACUUCACAACAGCAACAACAACAACAACAAAAAUAAUAAUCAAAUAAAAAAAUAAAAAUAAAAAAAUAAUCCAUCCAUCCAUUUUCCAAACCACUUAUCCUACUGGGUCGCGGGGGGUCCGGAGCCUAUCCCGGAAGCAAUGGGCAUGAGGCGAGGUAGAUCCUGUUUAACUAAUUUAUUUGAGUUCUUUGGGGAAGCUACAAAAGAAAUUGAUCACAAAAAGACCUACAUUGUGAUCUACUUAGAUUUCCAGAAGGCCUUUGAUGUUGUCCCCCACAAACGGCUCUUGCUUAAGCUCAAAGCUGCAGGGAUUUUAGGAACUGUAGCAGCUUGGAUCGAAAACUGCUUAACAGACAGGAAGCAGCGAGUAGUUAUUAGAGGCACAAUGUCACAGUGAGCCUGCGUUCAUAGUGGGGUACCGCAGGGUUCAAUUUUAGGACCACUAUUGUUCCUAAUUUAUAUAAAUGAUGCUGACACCAAUACACACAUUAAACUGGUAAAUUUGCAGACGACACCAAGGUGGGUGGUGUAGCAGAUACCUCCUCUCUUUUGUAAAUUUCCUGUGUUCUUAUGCUAUUAUAUCCCUUCCCCACCCAACCCUUGCUGCUUCCCACACUAUAUAUGCAGUAUGGUUCCUUGGUCCCUGUCAGUAAACUUACCCUGACCCUGAUGCCUGAACCAGCCCUUACAAGCCCCAUCAGGCUUUUUUUGUUUUCCCUGUACUGAUACCGAAAUAGUUUUGUUUUUUGGGUCCAGUCCCACCCCAAACAAAAGUCCCAUAUGGUGAGCAUGAGGGCACGAGAUAGAAGAACAAACAGCCCUGGAGGGGGAAGUCUGAUUAAGGGAAAGCUAUACAAAGGGGAUGGGGCAAAGGUGGAAUGGUGGACCCUGCAGGUUCAUAUGGGCAGGGGGGAUAUUCAUAUCUGCAUUUCCCUUACCUUCGCCCCUUACCUUUUUCCUAGCGUGGGCUCUGGCCCUUCAGAGGUUAAGGGGGUCCCGCUCCCUGACUGGAGCAAUUUUCGGCUGCCAGCUCCUUGUGGCCAACCACGAGGAAACCACACUAACCCUGAUCCUGUGUGGUGCUGGUUGUCCCCUACUGGUGUGUGGCGGAUUCCCAACAGGCCGUGGAAUCACACUCUGUUUCAUCCAUCUCUUCCUAUGUCAUGUGGCUCUGUUCACCAAGCCACACAAAAUGUAUCAAAAAGCCGAUAAUAUACUGUGGACGAAUGGACCUUUUGAAUUAAGCACAAUUAAAUUAAAUUUGAAACCAG